AAAAAUGGCUAUAGUUUAGACUAUUUUUUACCAAGUUUAUGUUAAUGGGAAAGAUAACACCUGGAAUAUGAAAGAAGUGUUGAUAUUUUUCUCAAUUUGUUUAAUAUCAGCCACAGUUCAUGAAAUUAGAGCAACAAAAUUAGGUCACAAGUCGGUCAAACACCGAACGUUGUUCAAUGAAAGAUGGAGGAGGGAUAAUUUAGUGAGACAAGAAAAAGGGAAGAGACUCAAGUGGAACUCUUCAGAUAAAAAGGAAGAUGCCUCGUACAUGAAGAGACAGUUUGUUCCAGAGAUGCCUGCAUUUUUCAAUUUUCCCCACCCUCAUAUACAUCGGAUAAUAGUUCACCAUCAUCCAGGUGAGUGGGUCAAAAAGGUUCGCUGCCUAUGCAUAUCCCCCUUCAUAUGCUACUUUAAGAGGAAAAUAGAUUUAAGGAUGCGCUAAAAACGUAUUCUUUCACAUAAAUACACUUCCCGAACGCUGCCGCUCCCAUUAACUUUGUUUGCAUUUUUUGCACACAUGGCACAACAAGCCCCCAGACGAAUUCAUGGUGUGCAAAGGUCAUAUAAGAGCCUAGUAUAAAUAAGUAUCCAUUAUAUCUAUAAAAGACAUCAAUACUACGCUAGUGUGGGCUUGUUUACAAAUUGUUGAAUGCCAUUUGCAAGAUUGGAUAACGCCUUAAGGCGUUAGCGCAUGGAAAAAUCUUCAGAUAGUAAAAUACAGUUACAAUGUUUGGUUGCAACACUGAUACACUGUUUUAUUUGCUACACUAUCACCGUUAGAUUUGAAACAGCGCUUUGAUUUUAGUCCCUAAAUUAAAGAUUUGUAUUGGGGCGAAUUUUAUGAAGCUUAAUGGCAAGAAACAUGUUAAAUUUUUAUGACGCUUUUGAAUGAAAGAACCUUCUUUGGUUUCGUUUCUUUCCAAUUCAUUCCACAUUUCAGUUUAAGAUAUAUGUUAUAAGUUACAUUUAUUUUAUUUAUCACAGCGUUAGGUACUAAAGAUCGUUUCCCAGCCGUUUCCCUGAUUUAAAGUUUCCUUUGCACAUUCUUUGUCAAAAAAGAUCUUAAACAAAAGAAUUCAUCCCUCAUUUUUAUUCAUUGCUUUAUAUGACGUAAAAUUGCGUACUGAGAGACCUGACAUUACAUGUCCGCUUUGCUAAAAUUGCCGCGAAAAAUCUAUUUUAAAUAAACCAGGCGACGUUUGCAUUUUGCGCCCAGUGCAGCAACCAAGCUUAGAGGGUACAAAUCCAUCUCAAUACAAUCUGUGCCAUUAUUAUUGCUUUUCCCGGUGUGUAUAUGUAGCCACAGUAAUUGACCCGUCCUGCUCCGCCAAAGGCAAAGCGAAAGCACUCAACCAUAACCAGUUUUCCAGUUUUCUGCUCUUACAUUAAUUCUAAAAAAACUUCUAUACUAUUGCACCUUUGGUAUUCAUCUUUAUUAUUAAAUUGAACCCCAGCUCACUCCACAUGCGAACCGAUACCUUGCCAAAAUGGAGGAACUUGCACCGUGGUGGCUCAUGGGUACGAAUGUACUUGCUCUCCAGGAUUCAUGGGAACGCAUUGUGAACGUAGGUUUUAACACCUUUGUUAGCAGAAAGAGUUAUUUAAUACAGAUAUCUCCAGUGGUCUACGUCUCUGUUUUAGUCCCAAGUCAUUGCCUUGAUUUUAAGUGAUGCAUGUCCUUCAUUCCUGUCAUUCCUUUGUCAGUUCUUGUCAUUUCUUCAUGUCCUGUAGUCAGAAGUCAAUGUGAGCCAAAUCCGUGCAGAAAUGGAGGUACUUGUUAUGACGUAGGACAAGGCUACGAAUGCACAUGCUCAAAGGGCUACCGAGGACAAAACUGUGAAGGUACUACUUAUUGAUAAGUCUUUGUGACAAUGAUUAUUAAAACCAAACGCGUGGAUAAAAAGAAGGUGUUGGAAGAAAAUGUAAGGAUGAAAUUAAAGGCUGAUCUAUAUUUUGCUCAGAGUACUCGUCUACCGUUAUCAUGCCCCAGCAGGUGACGUCAAUGUGGGUUUGACAUCGUUUUUGUCUCUCUCCCUUGCUCCAAGGAGAUGUUUUCUCCAGUUUAUCUUUUCGAUUUUCUUUCCGCUUAGAGACAAACUUUUCUCAAUCCCAGUUCGAUUACUGAUAUGGCAGACUUACAAUCGCCAAUAUGUUAUCUCUAGAUCAUCGAAUUUGUUUUUAUUUGUCUUAAUAGAACAGAACAAGUGUCAUCCCAAUCCAUGCAGAAAUGGAGGCACAUGUACUGGCAUCAACGAAGGAGAAGGCUUUGAGUGCACGUGUAGAGAAGGGUUCAAAGGAAAGAACUGCGAAGGUGAAAACCAAAAACAACAACAACAAUUAUAACAACAUACGACUGUUUGCGAUAGAAGUUAGAGUACUAUCGUAAGAUAUAACAAAGUAGGUCAGCACUGCUCAAUCAUCGAACUAUGGGGCCUUUAAUUCUUGGACUGUAAAUCUAAAAGAAAGAAUAUUAGCCCUUAAUAUUCAUGACAGAAACAUUAAAGAUAUUUUUUUAUGCCUUGCAGUGUAGAUAUGAAGUCCUUUGAUCACGUAGGGAUGUAGUACUCAAUUAAAAACUACAGUUCAAACUGUUUUUUGAGUGAGCGCCUUAAUAUAACUCUUUACCCUCACAUAGAAAUCAAUCUCUGUCUUCCUAACCCUUGCAAAAAUGGUGCAACGUGUACAGAAAGAGUUGGAGGAAGAUACGAGUGCACGUGUCCCAUCGGUUACAAGGGGAUCACUUGUGAAGGUAUGGCGUACUCUUGACACUGUGUAAUUAAUGCUCCUUAAAAGAAACUGGUAUGACGACAGCAUUAUGAAUAGGGUUAUGUGUCAAGGCAUUAAUUUUUAAUACAAGGCUCCAGGGCUCAGGUGGCAGGAAGCCGGCGUACUUGGUUACCAAACAAUCAAAAUCUAAUCAUACUUAUCUAUGUGCUCACCAUAACACCGUGUAUAAUCACUAAUGGCUUUCACUGAAAUUUCGUCGAGUCAGUCCUUCAUUUCGUUCCACCUCAGCAAACGAGAUAAACGUUCUGGUAAUGAAGACACUUUGCUGAUCAGUCUUUGUCGAGGUGAAACUAGACACGUUAGAAUCCAUUACAACAAUGAAGUGAUUCAUUGCAUUGUCAAGUUCUGUAAUCUAUGUUCGCCUUUUUUUUUUUUUUAGAACGAAGCAUUUGUUAUUCAAAUCCCUGUAUGAACGGAGGUACCUGUCUAGAUGAGACUUACGGUUACAGAUGUAGUUGCCGAAUGGGUUAUAGUGGCAUGAACUGCCAAAGUGAGUAAAAUGGAACUUCUUGUAACUGCUAUCUCAUGUCGCCCAUCGAGGUAAAGACGUUUUCAACUCUGAUCCAACCCACGAAGGCCAAAAUUGAUACCCUUGAAGAUUACAGCUUUAAAAUGUCCUGACCAAUGGCAAAUUCCGUAUUUUUUUUUCAAAUUUAACGGCCAACCUUUUGAUAGGACAUUCUUUGUAUUCGGAGUUUUGUCAACACGGGACCCUUGCGAUGGUUUGAGAUGGUUUCAGUUGAAGGGAUUUCAACAUUUCUCCAGUCAAUAUUUCUGGCAUAUUUUGUGUCCCCAUCGCGGUAUCUUCCUGACGUGAUGAAAAUAUUUACAGUGGCCAUACUGACUCGUAAUCGUAUUUAACGUCACAUGUCCAGAUAAGAUCUCUUCUAAGAUAGCAUCAGCCCUCUCGAGUUCCUUAGGCGUAGAGGAGAGAAAAAUGUUCUCUGAUCCCAAGAUAUUUAUAGAGUUGUCCAUUAGUCAUAUAUCCUCAUUGCCCUUUGUUGAAGUGAUAUCCUAACCUUUUUCGAUUCAAAGACUAUACAUUCGAGAAAGACUUCUUAUGUUAAUGCAAUUUUGAAACUGGUGUGUUGUAUUUUUUAGAUCACGUGUGCAGACCAAAUCCUUGUCAUAACGGCGGCUCAUGUCUCGAGGAGGGCUCCUCUUACAGAUGCGUCUGUCACGUUGGUAACCAUGGAGACCGAUGUGAAUGUAAGCAUAAGUAUAUUGGUGUAUGGAAGUGCUGUUUAAGUGAACAUGAUUCAGGGCAGAUUAUUGACGUUGGGUUUCGGAAAUCUUUUUACUCCCACAAAGGAUUGAAUUCGUAAUCAAACAGUUUUAUUCCCAGAAGAAUGCUUAUAUGCAAAAAUUGACAUCCUGAGCGUGCCUUAGAGGACUAUUGUUCCUCCGUUUUCUGUUUACCGGCAUGGUGACUUUGCAGUAGUUAUUUUACCUCUCCUUUUUAAAAUGUCCCCGAUAGUGUGAUUUCCAUUAGUUUCUAAGAAACACACAACAACCAGCGGGUCCUUGAGAUAAUUCUUUUGCUGAGUCAUUGUAGCUUUUUUAUGUUUAAAUAUCUCCUCUUUCAAUUCCAGAAUUUAGGGUUGUUAAUGAAACUGGUUGGAGAUCUAACAGUCGUCAAGGAAUUCAAGACAUUGUUUUUAACAUGCAUUUGCUGUUUUCUUUUAGUACUCAGUUCCUGUUUAUCACACCCUUGUCUACACGGAGGAACAUGCAUUGACACCUACUUUCUACACAAUGAUAUGAACGCAGUGGACUUAUAUUCCAGUCCUUCCUUUGUUGAUUCUCAGCAGAAUGCAAUGGCGUAUAUUUGCAAAUGCAUCGCGCCCUUUGCAGGCCGCAACUGUGAAGGUAACGUAUUGUUUUCAGGAAAGAUGAGAGACCAUCUAGUAGGUGUAAAAUCAAACCUGUUUUGUCUUAAAUUUAGUGAACAUCUUUGGUCUUUUACCCUGGAAAAAACUGAAUGUGAAAAGGUUAUUGUUUCAUCCUCAACCAACGUUUCAUUUACUUAAAAGUAAGUAAGACACUUAGUACGGUCUGGUCAGAACCUUACGCAUGUUCACAAACAUGGACAACUGAUUCUCCCUCACUUGGGCUCAUCAUCUUUAAAGGAAGUUUAUUAUCUGUUAUUGUCACUGAUUGCUCUCCACCGGUAGCAUUUAUUAAAUAUAAUAAAUAAAUGCAGACAGUGAUAUAAAUUUCCAAGCUUUGCGCUAGUUUCAUCCUCGGUAUUUCAUUUGUAGAUGACAGCUGUCGAUAUUGCAGUCCAAAUGCCGAAUGCAUUUUAGGGCACUGCGUGUGCAAAGAAAGUUAUCAUGGAGACGGAAAAACAUGCAAAAGUAAGUAUGUCUAGUUCAAGUUGUUUUGGCAUCAGCUCACCUCAGGUUUAGAGACGGUCACCUUGGGUGAAAAAUAUUUGUUGUCUAGUUAUUGUGCUCUCUUGACAAUGUAAUCUUGACUUUUGUAAAAAAUAUAAAAUAAAUAAAUAAAUAAUGAUCAAAAUCGUAUCGUUUAUUCCGAAUUCUUGUUAUUUGCUUCGUUUGCCAGGAAAUGUGUGCCAUCCAAAUCCUUGUAAAAACAGUGGUACUUGUGUACCAACGGAUUCUUCUUAUGACUGCGAGUGUAUGCUGGGAUGGACUGGACCUCAUUGUGAAAGUGGGUAGUAUUGAAGUCGCUUUCCACGCAGACGUUCUUAUGGCUUCGCCACGCGCCGUGGAACAGAAAGGCGUGACGAACCCAUAAGAACAUCUGCAUGGAGAGGCUAGUAUAAAAGAGGAUUGUAACACAAUUUUAGGGAGGUUACUGGCUGGAAUUUUUCUCUAUAAACCCAAGUUUAGCUCCUCAAUGAUGUUUGUAAAUAGCCCCGGCCAGCUGGGAUUCUUUUGAUUUGUUGAAUAACAAUAUUUGUUUCCUUUGUUAUGUUCUAGCUCGACAGUACUGCAUUCCCAAUCCUUGUAAGAAUGGAGGAACAUGUAUCCCAGAAGAGAGCGGAUAUAGAUGCACCUGCCUUCAUAAUUAUGAGGGCAACGAUUGCGAACGUAAGUAAAUUGUUCAACAGUGAUUUUUACGUUAUAUUUGGAAUGGAAUAAUAAUGUACUAAGAGAUCGGGAUUCAUAUAACUGGAAAUGCACUGCAGGAUCUCAAAAACCCCGCUUCCCUAAAAAUAUGAACGGUAAGAACGAGCGGGAAGCGAUAUUCGUCUUAUAGAUGUAUCGAUAACUUAGUCUGAAGUAUAUACUGCUGCAGGGAAGAUGUGAAAUGCGUCUCCUAGAGGAAUCGCAUUUAGACAAAUAUCCCCGAUCGAAGAAAAGAUUUUUUUUUGUAAAAGAUUGCUUUGAUAUAUUAUAGGAAACUUCUUUUAUAGAUGUUUGUUGUAGAUAUUCUUGUUGCUUAUUUUAUUUCCACAGUGGCAAAUCCAUGUUCCCCUAACCCAUGUAAGAAUUCCGGUACCUGCAAGGAAAUGAACGGUAUAGCUACCUGUGAGUGCCCCGCACAAUUCGAGGGAAACUUCUGCGAUGGUGCGUAUUUUAGUAGUCAUUUUAGUUUAACCUUUCUUCAAAGUUGCUUAACAAAUGGCCAAGAGUGAUAUACUCGUUUCGAGCUCAUGCAUGAUCUUCCGAUAUAUCCCUUCGAUCUUAUGGCAAAAUAUUAUCGUGAGACAUUUUUCCCAAAGGACCACACAUCGAUUGACUGCCGCUAGUUCGUAUAGUGUCUAGGGAUUUUUUUUUCAAAUAUAGGUGACCUGGAAAGGCAACUUUACCGGCACAGUUGACAACCGCUGUUGCCAUAAACAGCCUUUGAUGAAGUAAUGCAAUUAUUUUUUCAGCGGCUUUCCUAAUAAAGCUUGAACUGAUUGACCAUUCUUGAAAUGAUUUGGUAACAGCAGAUAAUAGUGAACUAACGUAGAGGGACGGCAGCGGGAAGUGGACGGCAAACCUUACGUGACAAGCGUGACAAUAAUUCUGUUUGAAAACAAUUUCCGCCAAACUUCACCUUCCUUUAAAAAGAUCUUUUUGUAAAAGAUCAAAACACAGUUAUAUUAAUUGAAUAUCACAACAAACACGCGGGUAAUAGGCCUGUCACGUUUGUGACACACAAGCGUUUUGCUGUCCUCUUCUUUUUAGUAGUAUAGGUAACACCGGAUUGUCCUCUUUUCUUAAAGUCUCAUGAGGAUAUUAUUAUCAUUAUGAUCUGGUGUCAUCCAUACGAUUGGUGAUUCCCCAGCCUACUGCCCUAUUCUCCUUAGUAGAACCUACCAAGUUUUUUCACUCACCGAAGUCUGCCUUAUUUUAACGUCACAUUUCUAACACAUGGAAUGGGUCAUAUUUAUAGUGGAUAAAUGUGCCAAAUGCGAUUCUCACGCCCGCUGCGACAACGGGAACUGCAUCUGCAUGGAGGGCUGGGUGGGUGAUGGUCAGACGUGUUCACCUCAAACUGGAAGUAAGUAUUAUUCGUACAAACUCUCUUAGAAUUGCAUGUUGCAGGAAAAGCAAGAAAAAUGGCUGCUUACAAGGAUAGCACAACGGAAGAUCUUGUACUGAGCACGACCAGGCGUCUUUGCCUCGAAAAAGUGCUGUAACUUGCAAUGAAGACGAUCAGACCAGGUGUAUUAUUGUAAAGUCGAAGGAUUUAUUGAGAGAACAAGUCACUACGUCUUCGUUCAGUGAAAACAAGGUCCAGAUAGGAUGUUAAGAGAGAAACACUCCAACAGUUAAUCUUUACCGCAAAUUGCUCAUUAUCGUUUUCAUGAUGUGCUUAUUUAUGACCUUGAGGCUCAAUAAGAUAAAAAACCUCGCAGGGUUCAACAUGAAAAUGAUGCGUAGUGCAUGUGGAAGGUUAACGAUAGCCUCACUAAAAUUAUGGAUCGCUUAGCCAUCAAAUUGGUAGCCUCAUCGCCCAAAGGCGGCAACACGUACCGCUUUGGUUUACUGAUGGUAGACUGAUUCUUCCAUGAAGGACUUAGUGAGGCCUAUUUGAAUCCUGGAGUGAUAUGUAGUGCAUGUGCAGCCUCCAAAGCGGCUUGUUCUUCAAGAGCCAGUUAUCCACAAAUUUGGCUCAAAGAUGGUGCCAAUGCGGUGUUAUGUGCAUGGUUUGUUAAUAACAAAAUCAGGUCAAGUAUUGUUUUAAAGCAAGGCAUAGCCCAAGCAUGGAUUAAUUCAGAGUGCAUGUUCAGUCCUGGGAGUUUUCCUACCAGUAAACAUGGAUUAUCAACAAAAUUGGCAAAAAGAUCUCGCUAACUGCUUACCUUGCAUGGUUUUUUGACGGUGGAAAGGUUCAGUCUUAUAAUUGAGGCAUGAAGUGAUCAGAUCGAUGGUCUUUCAAAUGACGUGUUCAUUGUUAAUUAAAAGUUUCCUAUUUAUCAUUUCAAUCACAGCACCUUCUACGCCUGCAUCACUUCCAUCACCUCCUUCUCCGCCACCUCCUUCAUUACCUGCUAUCGUAGGUGCACCCGGAAGCCCUGGGAAUUCAUAUGGCCCUCCAAGUUCCUACGGACCUCCUAGCGAUAUGCCAACUGGUACUGUUGGGUGAAAAUGUCAAAGAGAUACCCCCAAAAAAUACGAAACCUGAGCAGAACCGUUCAGACAACAGUAACUAACGAGAAAAAUUUCCUAAAACUGACGACUUACUGGAUUUUUUAAGACAUGACAUUCUUCUCAGUUUGGAUUACUGGACUACCAGACUUUAAUCCUAAUAUCUGCGCACCUUGGGACUGUAAACUAAAGCCAAACCAUUUUGGUAUGGCAAACGGACGAUAUGGACUUUGACGCUUAGCGUAACGAUAACACUCUGUAAUAAUUAUUUAUUACAGGAAAAAAAGACUUCUCCAACCCAGUUAAUAUUAACGCUCUUUACUUACAAGGGACAAAAUAAUCGAUAAUAUGGAUGCAGAAAGCAAAGCUUUAAUAAAUAAUACUGCACUCGCACCUUCACAUAUUAAUUGAAUGCCCUAUGAGUUUAGAAAUUAGAGUAUUGAUUUCUGGACAAUGAUCAUGUUGAUUUUAAGCAGCCAGGACAACGAAGCCAAGCAAAGCGUCACUCAAGAUAGACCUAUCGCGCUCUAAAAUUAAUGCCAUUUUUCAAAGAGUCUUAAUUUUGUCCUAGGCGUCCAGAUCUUGGUAAGGACUUUGAAGUUCUUAUCAGUAACCGGUAGCGGUUUACUUUCACACCAAGACCCUGUGAUGCUACUUCGUUGUUUUCCAAACGAGACGUCUACCAAGAUGUUAAGGGAACCCACAGAAUGAUUUUGCCCAUUACGUUUUUUCUUUUUUCACGUUCUCGCUACUUUCUUGGUCGUGGUUGCUUAAAUUCUCUCAAGGGCAAGCGCACUUAAGAUGGCAAAGCUUUAAAACAACAGCAUUAACAAUAAUAAGGUUUUUCUUAUUUCAUUUGCCAUUUACAAACCUAAUUAGUUCACGUUAAGCAGCAGUGUCUCAGAGCUUACCAAGUUAUAGGAAAGUAAUGCAAAAAGCAGUAACUUCAAUUAACAAGAACGUUUUUGACACGAAUUUACUGUAGCCCUCACGCAAACUUUGACUACUCUAUAUUCAAAACUCGUGCAUCCAAUGACCCAACAAUAUUGAAAAGAAUUGUCGGUCUCCACGUCAGAUGUGAACAAUAACGUUUUUAAAAAAUAUACAAUGGAUUUCAGUAAGUGAGUAAUUAAAUAACCAAGUAAGUAACUAAACAAUGUAAGAAACGUUGUUUUAAGAACUUCAUCUUAGUUUAACUUAGAAAAACAAAAGUUAAAAGUAAAAUUUUAAAUUAAUUCUUAAAAGGAGAAACUCCGUAAAACAUCAAACUGUAGCAAAGAGGUAAAAUAAUUAAAUAUUAAAGAUAAAUCUUUCUCAUCCGUUCAAAAUUGGUCAGAGAAUGAUUGUUUGCAAAAGUAAUAAACUAAAUAACACCAUUCACCUAAACGUUUAUCAGUGAAAGGAGAACAACUGCUACUAACAAUUACUUUGUUUAAAAACAUAAUUACAUUGUCCAGCCCUCCAUUUAUUGUUUCACGAAACCAAUAUCAGACCUUGUUGCAAACGGAGCGGAAAACUCACAAAGCUAAAGUCCGGGGUUGGAUAUCUGAGAGGGUACUUUCCACAUGAACUACAACAGUGGUAUCAGUUUCAGUCUCAAUCAAAUUUGGGGAUUUAGUUAACAGAUUUUGGAUGCUUACCCCGUUGCAAGGUUUUAUUGGACCGUUCGAUUUCCCCAAUAACUGCUGGUAAAUGUAGACCCUUUAUCCCGAGCGACCGUUACACGCCCCUCCUGCUUCACUCUUUGGGCUGUCACUUGCACGGUUCCACAUUUAAUGACAAGAAGUGGGAUGUGGUGGGAAUGCUUUUUUGCAAAGUUGUAACUAAGCCAAGGUUGACAAACACUUGAUGGGCCCCAUAAAAACACCUUCCUGCUAAGUAACGGUCUUAUUCACGGUGCUGAUAUGGUCACCAAAACAAAACUCAUUGUAUUUCGUUGCGUCUAUGAGGAAAAGGUCUAAAGAGCUUUUUACAGGGUACGUGAGUUAUCAGAUGAAGGAGAGUUUACGAAUAUCAAAUUUCAUGAUUCCGGUUGUUAGGAAGCUGAUUAUUUCGGAAUUACGUUGUCGUCAUCGAAGGGAAACUGUUCAAAUUGAUGUAAUGUCGGGGAUGGGAAUAACAAGUCUAAUGAACAGCCUACAGCCCUUUUUGAAGAAUAUUGUGUCUUUUGCUCAGAGUUUUGAUCCUUUGGAAGAGGAAUGGAGCAUAUAAGGGAUGGCAAGGUUGUGAUAUGUAUCUGCUGUGGUAGCUGAUAACUUGAUAAUGUAUCUGCUAUGGAAGCAGAUAACGUAUCUACUACCGUAACGCGUUCUUUUACUAACUGUUAUUUUCCCUUGCGUUGUUUGGUUUUUCAGCUCCUACGUCACGUGCCAGUCCAUGUGACUCAAACCCUUGCCAAAACGGAGGCCAAUGCUUAGACGAAGGCAAUGCAUACCAGUGUCUCUGCAAAGAAGGCUUUUCGGGGACCAACUGUGAAUUAGGAAUAGGUGUGGAAGUGAGCAUUUUUUUUGCAAUAGACAGUUUAGACUUGACCGAUUUUCUGCCUCGGUGCCUCGGUACAACCAACAAAUCGUUAAGUUUCAUUGGUAACAUGAUCUCUAAGGUUUGUGCAGCAUGCUUUGAGAAAAGAGCAAGUCGGUUUGCAUUUAGUCUAAAUUGAUUAGAGGAUGAAAGAUCCAGCUUAGUCGAAACUCGAUCAACAAAGGGUACUAAACAAACCGGAGAAAAGACUGCAGAGUAAUUUAAAAGUUGAUUAAAAAAUAAAAUUACUUUAAUAUUAAACGAUACUGUAACUCUUAACACUGAUUUUGUCACCAUGUAGGUAAGGCCAAUCCAUGUGACCCCAACCCGUGUCAGAAUGGUGGUCAAUGUACAGCAGUAGAUUCAAAACCUGUAUGUGCCUGUCCUGAAGAAUUCGAAGGAAAUUUCUGUGAAAUGCCCAAAGGUAAACUGUGUAAUUGUGAUCUGAUAGGAAUGAGUGGAAAUGGCGACUGGACCACGGAGAGAGCAUGUUGUGACGUGGUAUAAUGGUUUCUAGAGCUGCUGCUUCGACAUCAUCUUUCGUUGUCAAAAGAGUUCUUUUUUUCCUUAACUACUGAUUCACUUAAAGCUUCUCUAGCAUGACCAUGGUCUGUCUUGAGUUAUGCCCGGCAGCUACUCUUUUGGGCCGCUGGUCUCAGAUGGGACUAACCCGUCUGCAUAAACAAAGUAAGGUACUCAAGCAGUUAUUUUGAAAGACGAAUUUAGACCUCAGUUGAUUAUAGCUGGAAAUGAACUUUCCCUACAACGUUUUCCUUCCAUUAGGCGGAGGUGUUGGUGGUAUUCCUGGAACAGGUGGAGGGGUAUCUCUUAACUCAGCUUGCCACCCUAACCCGUGCAUGAAUGGGGGUUCCUGCACCGAAAACGGAGGAGGAUAUGACUGCGCAUGCAUUGUUCAGUACAGUGGCCCUAACUGUGAAAGUAAGUGUCCUGUUGCAUUUGGCUGCAACAAAUCUUAGGUUUGUUUCAAUUGUAGUUACACAGGUCAUGCACUGAAGCUGUCGAUCGCCAUUCACUAUUAAAAUUAAUUUUGUGUGUUAUUGGUGAAGGUAGACCCUCCCUUGGUACAGCUGGGCUUUCUGAUAAACCACUUUCUCAUGUUUUCUGCAGUCGAUGAAUGUGAAAAGUGUGACAUACACGCCUUGUGUGCCAAUGGACACUGCAGAUGUAAAUCUGGAUACUAUGGAAAUGGGUAUCAAUGCGAGAAAGGCAAGUAAAUUUUGUCAAUGAAAGGAAACGAUAGUGUCACAUGUAAAUGAAGUGAUUAUCUUAUAGGCGAAGUUGGCGUAUAAUGUUUCAGGAAUCCAACAGUUAAUGGUCCCUACAUGUUAUACGCCUUGUUGGUCAUCUCAGACCGACUUGGCACAAGCCCUAAUGCCCAGAUCUCCUUUUUGUUAAGUUUUUUGCUUUGUCCAGAAUAUAACCAUUUGGUUUCGUAGAAGCAAUUUAUGCCUCAUCAUAUGAAAAGUGACGAAAAUCGCUUGAUCAGAGAGAGUGACAUAGCAAGAGUGAUGGAAGCAAUGAAUAUUUUUCUCUUUUUUCUUUUUUGCAGAGGAAUCAGAAUGUGAAGGUUGUAGUCCCUUCGCUAGUUGCCAGAAUGGAAUUUGCGUCUGUUUGGAACAGUACACUGGAAAUGGAUACGACUGUGCGCGUAAGUGACUCUGUUCAUGCAUGGAUGUGGGUCGAUAAGACGCCGUAGAGGGUAUCCUGGGACAAGAUAUAUAAGAAGCUAGAUGUCUGGAUGUCUGGAAAGCAAAAUCACAGUCGAAAAGGAUGAUGUUUAAAAGUUCUUCCAUGAGGAAUCGAAAGAUACAGUCCUAGACAAAAGCAGUUCGUAAGGUCCUCCAACUUAAUAAUUUUGGCUUUUGAGUUCCCUUUUGUUAAAUACCCCCAUUCCCCCUCUUCAAUGUUGGGUAUACAUAACAGAACACACAAACACUUUAGUUUUGGACAACAUUGGGCCAGGGAGCGGAAGAAGGAACAAGAGGUGAAAAGUUGUGGCCCAGCACUUUUGACUAUAAUUGUAGACAUAAAUUCAUCGAUAGAGGUCUCAAAUUUUAAACAAAGAUUAAUCCAUCCGCAAAUGAACUGUAGAGGUGUAAUAUCCAUGCGAGAUCAUAGUAACUACAACGACACUAGAAACUGAUUCAUAAAUAGUGAAAUAUAAAAAAGUAUGAAAGUUUAAGUGAAACUUAGGGCAAAAUUGUGACUUAGGGGAGGGGUAGGUGGUCAGUAACCCUGAAACUUCAGUUGAUCAUGCUCAGUUUCUUUUUCAGCUGUAAAUCCUUGUACUAGCUGCCGUCCUCCAAACAUCUGCGUUCAAGGCUCGUGUCUUCCAGGAAUGACUAAGAAGUAAGUUCUUUUUUCAGGCUGCAGUAGUGAUGGUUGUUGCUUGUUUAACCCUUUAAGUCUCAAGAGUGACUAACAUUAAUAUUCUCUUAACUAUGUUGAUCCAUAAUCGGGAGAAAAGGUUGUGAGAGUUAAUACAAUGGUCAUUAAUAAGGAAAAUGUUCACUGUCCCCUAUUUUCCCGUAACUGUUAGUCGUGAUCGAAGUCUUUGAGUUACGGGUGACCAUCUUGGAUGAGUUUCAAACCUACUUAGGUGUCGGCAGACGGUUCGCUAUAAACUCCAACGGCCGUCACCUCGGUAUAUAUGAUACCAAGAUGGCUGCCCGUACAGGCCCCUUACGAAAAAAUAAGGAACUAUGUACAGGCUGCCAAGUAGAAAAUGCUUUGACCUUUUAUCAAAUUCUUUCAACUAAUUCUUUCUGGAAAUGUAUGGAGACCAGUCUGGAGAAUUUGCCUGUGGAUGUUGUGACUUAAAGGGUUAAUAAUAACAAUAAAAAAAUUCCCAAAUUUGAUUGGCUAUCAACUGCCUGAUUUCAAUAUUAAUUAAUAGGACAGUGCCAGUAUGCGUCAGGCCUAAGUAAUUGGAAAGUACGCACCAUCGCACGCGCGCAGAUAAAUGGCUUUUUUUCCACUGCUAACAAAAAGCUCUUGAAUUUUCUGGAGUUUUUAUUUUAAAAAUAGCCUAAAAUAUCACAUUAGCCCCUUGUUAUAACUGGUUGAUGAAAAAUCUUGCAGAAAACGUUUCCUACUCGUAAGAAGAGUAGUUAUGCUUUUUCAGAGAUAGGCACUUUCAGCAAGUAAUGGCCAAUUUAGAGGACUGCGUCAUUCCCUUAAGGCAAUGUUACACGGGACGAUUUGUAGCAAAGAUUUUAGUGCAAUACAGCGUGGCAACAUUGUUGCGACAUUGUUUCGAAUAGCUGCAACAUUGAUCCAACAUUGCAACGUUGUGUUGCGCUAAAAAUCGUCGUUGCUAAUCGUCCUGUGUAACAUCACCUUUAGCUUUAGUUCCACCACCCUCGAGUGAAGGUUAACGCGAUUAACGUAUUUUUCCGCUCGUAAAAGCUUUAGGACGCCUUGAUGUAACCUUGCUUCAUAACGAUAGUAGUACCCUUGAGACUUCUGUUCACUUUAGUCUUAAUAUUUGAACUGUAUGUUUUUCUUUUUCGUUUACACAGAUCACAUGUGAAGAACCUUAAGAAGAAACGUUUUGUUCCUAAGGGAAAAAUUGUGUAAACUUAUAAAAAUUUCUCGUGGAUGCCUUGCAAUUAGAAGUUAAAUAUAACUUGCAAAAACCAAGUGCUAAAGAGAAUUCCUUCUUAAUGUACAUCUAAGUGAAUAUUUCACGUCAUAUACAGUUCUAAAACUCCACAGUACAGAUCUUAAACAGCUCUUAAAUCUAUAAGGAGUUUUGAAUGUCUAACCGUCCGCGAUUCUCUUUGUAUUGCAAGUGUAUUAUAAACCUUUUGCAGCUUAACAGUCACGUGGGACAAAAACACCUUGCUGGAGAGCAUGAGACGCAAUGGUACAAGAUUUGCAAAAGCAUUAAAUAAGCUAAAAAUUAAUGUUCCGUUCUUUCAAAAUCCUCAAUCCAUCGUUUCCAUCGAGGUACUUUUGAACCACGUGACUGUUAAGCUAAUAGGUGCCCAUUCAAUUCAAGUCAAACAACCAACAGUUUCUAAGUUUCUAAAUAAUAAAAUAUCUGGUGGCUAAGAAAAAGAAGAAUGAAUAAAAUACUUCUAUUGUCAAAGCCAGUGUACAUGUAUAGCAGAGGCGACUUCAAAAAAUAAAAUUUGCAAGUUAUCUUGUUCGUAGUCAAUUUAAAAAUGGGUUAAUUUAAGUUAUUUGCGCUAUUAUCUGUGGGAAAUUUUCAUCAGUCUAUUUAUAUUUCCUGCAACUAAGCCGGUUUAUUUUGGUUAUGUUGCUUGUUAGUUUGUUUGUUUUAUAUAUAAUGACAUCCAUACAUUUUGAGUGUUUCUAAAACGAAAAGGACAGAGUAGAAGGUAGUAGGCUUUUGCUAGUUGGGUGGGUUUAUCUUGAUGCUUUCACUCAAGGGAAAAAAUGAAAGCCAUCACAGUAGUACAGGUUGCGUACAGUUUUUCAAUAAGAUAACCUGUGAUGUGUGCGGGUAUUUUUAGACGACCUUGGGAACCAUUAUUCUCUCUUUAAAGAGUAAACUAAAAAAUUUCCAAUCUAAUGCAUUUAAUCAAGGGAAAUCGCAAACCGCUGAUCGUAAAUUCCUUCAAAGUAUCAACCAGACGUUCUGGUAAAAAUGAAUGAUAUCACGAAGGUUCUUAGAGGCUUUGGAACUCCAUUAUAUGACUUUCACUUUCCAGUUACCAACAUAACCAAGACAAAACAAACGAACUGAUGUUACUUAUUAAUAAAACAGUUCACUGCAUGGGCUUCAAACAACCUCACCAAGAUAAAAAUGUCGGUGAUCAGUCAAUUAUCGUUACAGGUAACAUUGUAGUGAAUUCAUUUCUUAAAAAUCCUUAUUAUGAACCAAUGACCAUAAAUUGGCGUUCAUGAGAACUGUUUUUAUAAAAAUAUUAGUUUCAGAUUCUUUUUUUUGUUGUUGUUGUUUUUCGUUUUUCUGCUCAAGUCCAGGAGGCUAUUAAGGAAAAAAUAUGAGUUAGACAAUUAUCAUGACUGGUGUUCAGAAUAGUCUGAAUUAUGCGACAAUGACAAAUUUACGUGAAAAUUUAACUCGGUUCUAUUGUUCGUAUGUUAUAGGACCCACUUGAUCUCGAUCUUCUCACGAAAACUUCGGCAGGUACGAAACACUUGUCCGUGAAAGACAGCCUGUUAAUUUUGAGAGGAUCGAGCUCACCUAAAUUUUUCGAUAAUCAGGGGAAAUUCCACUUAAUGACCAGGAGUAUCUGCUACUUUGCAGUUAAAAAGAAUUUUUAGAAGUUUCAGUUUUAAAAUAUUUGAAUAUUUCGGUGAUAUAAUACAAGCCCAAUGAGGGAAGAAUGGACUCUGAUAUAACUGUUAAUCAUUCAGUAUGCAAGAAUACUGGGAAGUUAUUACUUGCUAGUUCUUUUUUCUCUUCUUCUUCUUCUUCUAACUUUCUUUCAGAGUAUUCUUCAAAAUAUUUUUCAUGGUUUAGAUUUAGGAAGCUUACAGAUUUGGGUUUGUGUAACGACAAAACUUACAGUUGACAGGCUUUUGAAAUAAGAUACAGACGUCAAGAGAUGCAAUGUGAUACAAGAAAAUGAGAUCAACAGCUUUAAUGAAUAGAAUUGGCUGUUAGGGCAUUAAGGAUUGGUAUCACAAGGGGACAUGAUUAUAGCAAUUACCUUGAUAAGAAAAAAAAAAAAACAUUUUACUAGAAUGUAUUUACUUUCAACGACCAUAUAUUCCGGUAUAUGACUGUGAUAAGUUUGGGGACUUCUCUGAUUAAAACAGAUAGUUACCAACCAUUUGAUUAGCGAUUGGCAGACGCCUAGAACAAUUCGAAACCUUGCUUUGGUUAUUUUAAGACUCAAAAUAUGUCAUGUAUUCGCUUAUGUGUCAGUUGAGCAAUAAAGUGUAGGAUUUUUAUAAAAUGUUUGCCGUUUACCCAUGGAAAUCCUGUGUGAGCCUUGAGACUCGGAGGGGAACUUACUUCUUGAAAAGAACUCUUUUUAGCAAACCUUUGCACUUUUGCCGACCACCCGGCUUGUUGAGCAGCUCUUUUAUUUCAACUUGGCACUCAAAUCCCUCCCGUUAAAGAGGUGAUCGAGACAUAUACCCGGAAAUGUUCUUGAUUUCUGGUACGCAUCAGGUACUGCGUUGAUGGUAGUUAAGCCAUUCAAGUCACUCUUGAUAUUAUGACCUUCAUAGUUUUAUCGGCUUUCCUCAUGAGAUGUUGUAUAUUUAAAUAUAUCUUUACACAUUUGCAAAUUUUCAAAGGGCAGAUUUGAAGGCGUUUGUGGAUGCCAAAAAAUAUUGACUUUUAAACCUAUUUUUCACUCAAAACACGAUAAAAUUUACACCUAGCCCACCAGCUAUCACAUCAAUAUUUCAAAAGUUUAGAGGAAGGAGCAUUGUCGUGCUAACAAUGGAGUAAAUUCAGCAACGAAAGGCUUUUUGAAAGCUUAGAAGAUGUUUUUACCAAAGCUAAUAGCCAUUUACGAGUUAAUUAACAUUUUUACCCAUUCACUCAAACUUGCUGAAGGAACGCAUCAAAGGUUGAACCCAGAAAAGCCAGCGUCACACCAAAGAAGAGGAAGAAUCCAUACCAGAGAAGUAGGUUUAACUCAGUCGACAAAUAACUCCUCUAUUGGCAAGGGACAAAGUCAAGUCAAAGAUAUAAGUGGAGCAAGGAGACAAUUUCAGCUACUUCCACCGCAUAUUGGCGCAUAUCCUCAGCAACCACUUCCUUUCCACGGACCGAUACAUCACGUUCAUAUUCAGCCACGGCCCUUCCCAGUGGUCUCCGUACGCUAUGUGCCCAAACCGCUUCCUAUACCAUAUCCCGUACCAUCGCAGGUUCACGUUUCACACCUUCAUUUGCGCCCAAAAUGUAAGUUUGAGUUGCGACAUGCUAGCUACUUGAUGCAAAGCAUUACGGCGGUGGGUAGCCCAUGCAGGUGAUAGUGAAAUCGUUCAUUUGAAAAUAGUGCGAAAAUCACCAUGCACUGAUUCACUACAAGACGCCUUGGGUCAGUUCAUCUAGUAAGAACAUAAGCAUUGGCCUGUUCAUGUAUUGUGUGCAAACAUAACUUUAUUGUAUUUAAAUGGUAAAGUGGAUAUGUAAAAGCAAAAUUUGAUUGCAAAUUUUAAGCUCAUGGACUAAGACACGGACUGUUUUAGUGUUGAAAUGUAAUUUUACGGCACAGUCACGGCAAUGCUAAAUAUUGGUUGAAUUUUCAUACGAUUUAUUUUCAGAUGACUAAUAUUUUAAAUUACAAAGAAAUUGAGCCUUUCGAAAACUAAGAGGUUUCAAAAUUUACAAAUCCAAAGCAUUUUGGAGUUUUUAUAAUAGAUCAUUUUUAUAAUAAAUCAUUUUAACUCUUUGAGGCUUUCGAACAGUUAUUGAAAUAUUAGUCACAUUAAAUUCAACUGCUUUGUCGUGCAUGUAAAUUGUGAUUAAAAGAUAUCCAUGUGUCCUUUCUAGUAGAAGGAAUAUUACUUGCUUUUCUGACCAUCUGUUUGAGACGAACUUUCAACGAUAUACCACUGGGUGGUAAACUUUUAUUCGACUUGCUUCUUAAAUUUGUUGAAACUAAGAACUUGGGGGUGGAAGAUGUUAUGAUGAGGAUGAUCGUGUUCAUGGAAAUGAUGGUUGCGUGCGUAAACAUAAUGAUGAUGAGGAUAAUGUUGAUGAUGAUGAUGAUGAUGACGAAGACUACAAUAAUGAUGAUGAUAAUGAUGAUGAUAACAAUGAUUAUGUAUAUUUUGACAAUGAGGAGAAUGGUACCGAUGUUAUUCAUCACAGUGAACUUUCCAAAGAAAUGGAGAUAGCAACGCUAAUGUCAGUAAUGUUGUGCCGUGUUGAUACUGAAUAAUUUUAUAUUCCAUCGCAGAUCACUUAAAUCCUUGUCAGAAUGGAGGCAUUUUCGUACAGCUUCAACAUGAUUACUUCUGUAUUUGCCCAAAAGAUUUUCGAGGAAAGAAUUGUGAAGGUAAGAGCGUCUCGUAGCUUCACCUUUGAUCCUUGCGGAAUGGAAAGAUGAGAGACAAAGAGAAUUUAUUUGUAACGUACGUUAUCUGGUUUAGUUGAGUAAUUAACAGCAUCACUGGUGAAGAGUUCGGUUCAGUCUUCAUCAUUGUUAUAACGGACGAAGAUGCAUCAAACCUUCACAUCACCCGGUGAAGGGAGGGGUACCUAGGAACGUGUCCUACCGGAGACUUGGCCCUGGGAUCCAACCCUUACCCUCUGUAUAUACCAUUUUUGACAGAAAAGGUAGCUCUUUUGCAUACCCGUAACAGAAAGUCAAAUUCAGCCAAUAGGAAAGACUUAGUGAAAAUUAGUAUAUAAGUAACCACAAACUCAUGAUUGAAACUGGAAGAUAUAAUCAAACUUCCCGCAACGAUAGAUAAUGCCCUAUUUGUAACUCUGGUAUAAUUGAAGACGAAUGUCAAUUUCUCUUCCAGAAUUAAUCAUUAAAUUGAUGAAUUCACAGAAUUUUCCGUAAAUUCACAUUUGUUGAAAUUUGUCUCAUUAUGUAAUGAUUAACGUACUAAUUUGUUAUCAAAUCAUGCUGAUGACACUUGAUUGACUGUAGUAAUGAUUGCAUUGCAUUAUCAUUGUUAUAAAUUGUAACUUUAUGUUAAAGCUUUUGCAAUACUGUAACCUCAUAAUUAUAGUCAUGCAAAUAAAGCUUAUGUUGUUGUUGUUGAAAGUCAGUUCAUGUCAUUGUAAGUAGUGUUUAAGAAAUUAAAUUGAUACAGCCAUAAGGUGCGUAAAUUCAAAUUAUUUUAGUCAAAGGCCCUUUUUAACUUAUAUCAUGACAAAUUUGCUACCCCUUCAUUAACUAAAAUACUACCGUUUUGUAUACGUGAAGACUGAAAAAGGUACAUUUUUCUUACGGAGUGUCCCCCUUAAAGGCCGUCAUAGUAUAUGGAGUGUCCCCCUGGCUCAUAUCUAAGUUUUAAAUCUUAACAUUUCUUCAUUCAGAUCGAAACUACUGCGCAUCGAAUCCUUGCAAGAACGGAGCAACUUGUACAGAGAUACCUGGCGCGUUUAGAUGCAUCUGCCCUCGCGGAUUUUUAGGAGCUGUCUGUGAAGGUAACCCGACUUUUUCCUCCUUUUCUUUAACCUCCGAAUAAGACGCUUGUGCUCCCAAUCCUUGUAAGAACGAAAGGAAAAUAUUAAUAGUAUUUCUUGAGAAUAGAGUGCGUUGCAUUUUUAGAAGUUGCAAUGCGAGACAAAGUUCGACAGCUCUCAGCGAUUUGUGACGAAUUCUUUGUCAUGGUUUGUUUCUUCAUAAGUAAUGUUUUUCGCUUAAUUAUGAUAUCUUACAGAGCCUAAUCCUUGUCACCCCAACCCAUGUAAGAAUGGAGGAAUGUGCACAAGGUCAGAUUCAGAGGAAAAGUUCUCCUGCAUCUGUGAAGAAGGCUUCAAAGGUCAACAGUGUGACUGUAAGUGCCAAACUGCAAAAGGUCACCAAACUGGGGUCUUUAACUUUUGUGUGAUAAUAUUUUACCGCUUACCAACCGAAUUCGAGGUCCCCUGCAAAUAUGACUAAAUACAAUUCGAUUUGGCUUGAAAUUUUUUCCAAUAUAAUCAUGUCAUGUGACGUUUUCCAAGGAGUUUGUAAUAAUUGUUUUCAGGUCUAAGGCGUACUAUGUGUCUCAAGAAGAUGGAACAAAAACAACAAUAAUGAUAAUGAUAAUAAUAAAUUAAUCAAGUAGACCAAAUAAGAGACUAUUAAUACCGAAGUAAAUCUCAAUUUUUUUCCUUUCCAGCCAUUAAUAAAUGUGAUCCAAACCCUUGCAAAAAUGGGGCAACCUGUCAGCAGUUAAGUGACGAACAGUAUGUUUGUAUCUGCCCACCUUCUUUCAAAGGAACGUUAUGCACAGGUGAGAUUAGGGAGCUGAAGCAACGACGACGGCAACGGGAGUGAAAACGACAUCCAAAAAGUGAAUUCGCGUUGUUUUAAACUUUGUCGCUCUUAUUUCAACACUUUUAAUUUGUCAAAUGUUGACGAUUUUUCGGGAGUUGAAUUCUAAAGGAUUGUCCGUAAGUUCACAAAAAGAAAAAGAAAAUCGUUUUCUUGUGUUCACGUCCUCCAUAAAACGUGGAAUUAGGAACUUUUCCUCGCAGUCCAGCAGUGACAGCAUAGAAACAUUAAAUACAAAAAAAGCGUUAAUUGCAGGUGCAAAGUUGUUGUUUUGCUUGUCUAAACCUGUAACUUUUUUGCCGUUCUCGUUGUCGUCGUUGUCGUCGUUGUCGUCGUUGCUUAAGCUCCUUAGCAACGCAGCACCAUCAUGUUAAGUUAUAACUACUAACAGUAUAUUGAGAAACGAGUAGAAUGAUAAUCCUCUAAGUGAUUAUAAUUCAUUUCAUGUUAUCAUUCCAAAUUCUCAUUCUUUUAAAACGGUAUAGACAUAUUGAAACUUCAACAACAAUGUAAAUUUAUAUCGCAUUAACUAGCUUUCUAAUUAUACGAAAAGGGCUGACCCAUAUACUAAAUUUUUUUUUGUGGAACCCGGAAUCCUACUAAAGAUUGGAAUUCAGAAACCAAAUUCCAGUGAAAAAAACUGGAAUUCCUUGUCAGAAUGGAGGCAUUUUCGUACAGCUUCAACAUGAUUACUUCUGUAUUUGCCCAAAAGAUUUUCGAGGAAAGAAUUGUGAAGGUAAGAGCGUCUCGUAGCUUCACCUUUGAUCCUUGCGGAAUGCAAAGAGGAGAGACAAAGAGAAUUUAUUUGUAACGUACGUUAUCUGGUUUAGUUGAGUAAUUGACAGCAUCACUGGUGAAGAGUUCGGUUCAGUUUUCAUCAUUGUUAUAACGGACGAAGAUGCAUCAAACCUUCACAUCACCCGGUGAAGGGAGGGGUACCUAGGAACGUUUCCUACCGGAGACUUGGCCCUGGGAUCCAACCCUUACCCUCUGUAUAUACCAUUUUUGACAGAAACGGUAGCCCUUUUGCAUACCCGUAACAGAAAGUCAAAUUCAGCCAAUAGGAAAGACUUAGUGAAAAUUAGUAUAUAAGUAACCACAAACUCAUGAUUGAAACUGAAAGAUAUAAUCAAACUUCCCGCAACGAUAGAUAAUGCCCUAUUUGUAACUCUGGUAUAAUUGAAGACGAAUUUCAAUUUCUCUUCCAUUGUCCAAAAUAUUCAAUCCCAAGGAAGAAAUUCUACACUCAAAUCCAACAAAAUUUUGUCGACUUUAAUCAGCUAUCUUACACAGAAUUAAUAAUUAAAUUGAUGAAUUCACAGAAUUUUCCGUAAAUUGACAUUUGUUGAAAUUUGUCUCAUUAUGUAAUGAUUAACGUACUUAUUUGUUAUCAAAUCAUGCUGAUGACACUUGAUUGACUGUAGUAAUCAUUGCAUUGCAUUAUCAUUGUUAUAAAUUGUAACUUUAUGUUAAAGCUUUUGCAAUACUGUAACCUCAUAAUUAUAGUCACGCAAAUAAAGCUUAUGUUGUUGUUGUUGUUGAAAGUCAGUUCAUGUCAUUGUAAGUAGUGUUUAAGAAAUUAAAUUGAUACAGCCAUAAGGUGCGUAAAUUCAAAUUAUUUUAGUCAAAGGCCCUUUUUAACUUAUAUCAUGACAAAUUUGCUACCCCUUCAUUAACUAAAAUACUACCGUUUUGUAUACGUGAAGACUGAAAAAGGUACCUUUUUC